AACUUCCGGUGGUCAGAGGUAAUCUGCGCAUUUGAAAACAUGGAUCCCAACAAAGUGGAUGAAGCAUCGGGCAAGUCGAGUGGCGAUGGCGACAUUGCGUCUGUCAUGGGAUUCUCUGGGUUUGGUAAGAAGGCCCGCACAUUUGACCUGGAUGCCAUUUUUGAACAGACCCGUCGAACAGCCAUUGAGAGAAGUCAGCGUGUAUUAGAUGAGCGAGAGAAGGACUGUCAGAUGGAGGAAGAAGCGGAGAGCUCCAAAUCAGUGAAGUCAUCAGUCCACAUUCAGAAAGACAAGGCUGCAGCUGCAUCUUCCAGAAAACAGGAGAGCAGUAGUGACAGUGGUUCAGACUCCGACUCUGACUCUGACUCAGAGCUUAUUGGUCCUCCACUGCCUCCUCAAUACACAGCCCAGGGCAAUGCUGAUGAGCUUGCACGUCCAGCUGGCAGCACGGCUCACAGUGAUGAAGAUGAUGACGAAGAGGAGGAACAAGAUGAUGACGAUGAUAAUCCAGUGAAGAAGAUUCCAGACACUCAUGAAAUCACUCUGCAGCACGGCACUAAGACAGUAUCGGCUCUUGGCUUAGACCCCUCUGGAGCUCGACUGGUGACUGGCGGGUACGAUUAUGAUGUGCGUUUCUGGGAUUUUGCCGGGAUGGACCAGGCUCUGCAGGCCUUCCGAUCCCUUCAGCCCUGUGAGUGCCAUCAGAUCAAGUCCCUGCAGUACAGCAUCACUGGUGAUGUCCUCUUGGUGGUCUCUGGCAAUGCACAGGCCAAGGUGUUGGACCGUGAUGGCUUCAAUGUCAUGGAGUGUGUGAAGGGAGACCAGUACAUUGUGGAUAUGGCUAAAACCAAGGGCCACACAGCCAUGCUGAAUUCUGGCUGCUGGCAUCCCAAAAUUAAAGAAGAGUUCAUGACCUGCUCUAAUGAUGGCACUGUGCGCACAUGGGACCUGAACUCGGAGAAGCAGCACAAGUCCGUGUUCAAACCGCGUUCCUUUCAAGGGAAGAAGGUCAUCCCCACAUGCUGUACCUACAGCCGCGAUGGAAAGCUCAUUGCAGCUGGCUGCCAGGAUGGCACCAUCCAGAUCUGGGACAGAAACCUCAGCGUCCAUACAAAGUUCCACUGUCGGCAAGCACACAUUCCCGGAUCAGACACCUCCUGCCUCUCCUUCUCCUAUGAUGGCAUGACUCUGGCUUCACGUGGAGGUGAUGACACUCUGAAGAUGUGGGAUAUACGCAACUUCAAGAAUCCUGUGAAUGUAGCUACUGGACUCACCAACUACUUUGCAAUGACUGACUGCUGUUUUAGCCCUGAUGACAAGCUUCUGGUAACGGGGACCUCAGUGAAGAAAGAAGAGGGAAAUGGGAAGCUGGUUUUCUUUGAACGAGCUUCCUUUCAGAAGGUCUAUGAAAUAGAAGUCACCAAUGCAAGCGUCGUCCGCUGCCUGUGGCACCCAAAACUUAACCAGAUAAUGGUGGGAACUGGUAACGGACUGGCCAAGGUCUACUAUGACCCCGUUAAAAGCCACAGAGGGGCUAAGCUGUGUGUAGUGAAGAGCCAGCGGAAGCAGAAACAAGCAGAGACCCUAACGCAAGAUUACAUCAUUACACCUCAUGCCUUACCCAUGUUCAGAGAGGCACGGCAGCGGAGUACACGGAAACAGCUGGAGAAGGACCGACUUGACCCAAAGAAAUCCCACAAGCCUGAGCCUCCUGUGUCCGGACCAGGUCGUGGAGGGAGAGUGGCAGCUCAUGGCGGAACUCUGUCUUCAUUCAUUGUGAAGAACAUUGCUUUAGAUAAAACAGAUGACAGUAACCCACGAGAGGCCAUCCUACGUCACGCCCAGGAUGCUUCAGAUAACCCUUACUGGGUUGCCCCGGCGUACACACACACCCAGCCAGAGCCUGUGUUUGCAGAGGAAUCAGAGGAGGAUGAGGAAGCUGACAAGGAGCCCCAGUGGAAGAAACGCAAGAUCUGAGGCACCUCAACAGCAGCUCAUUUUGUAUAGGAUAGCCGACAGGGUGGGCUUGUGUUUGUAUAUAUAUCACCGUAACCUACACGGUCUCAGGAUCAAUCCUAAAACACUGAGUUAGUGUCAGAAACUGUGCAUAGGAGCAUCAAUUAAGUGGCUAAGUCGUACAGUCUCUGUCCUCCCUCUCGUAAGGUUUGCAUACAUGUAUUUAUGUGCGUGCUUCUGUGUUAAGGGGUAGCACAUAAAUGUGCAGGCAUUUUUACUGUGCAGGCAUAAUAUAGUUUUAUACAGUUUUAUGCUCCUCUCAGUGCAAUUCAUCAACCUCUGGGGGAACUUGGCUUUUUAUGUCUGUUUUGAUUAUAUGGACUUUAUUUUCAUCAUUUCUAUUGUCCUCUCCUCCCACAUCUCCAGAGUUUGCUAAUGCCUCAUAAAUUGUCUCCAGAUUUUGUGGUCUGGUUGUGUUCAUCAGCUAUGAAUAACAGUUUGCUAGUUUUUAAAAAAGUAAAUUGCAAAGGAGUACACAAACUCGCAGCCAGUCCUGUUCCCUUUUUUUUGAUGGAUUUACACUGUAAAGCUGCGUAGCUUUGUGGGAUUUGAUAUACAAAACUUCAAUCAGCCAUUCGCUAAUUUAGAUUUUUCCGACAUAGUGUGUUUCACCCCAAGACCUAUAUAAAGGAAUUUGUAUUCUCUUGUCAAAUAGCGAUAUAUUUUACCCAAAGUGAAGUGAUAGAUCUUUUUUCACCAGCUGAUCAAAGGGAUUCUUCUGCCAAGUAUGUUUUUUAUGAGGCACUGGCUUAAACCUGCAGAUAUACUGUACAGUACACCCAGUCCUGGCCAGGGCCGGUGUUUUCACUCACUGCUUUAAAUAAAGGUUUUACAGGC